CAACUUGAAAUUUAUUCUUUUUUGUCUCUUUUAUUUCUCCAUGAUGAUAUUGGUAAAAUACUUUAUUAUUGUUUAUGAUGGCAGGGUUCAAGAUUCUCUAAAAGAGAGACUGAUAACAGAGGACGAUUUCAAUUGGAAACUACCCAACUCCAACUCCAUUGAGUUAAAAGAAGAAGAGGUGUUGUUAAAGUUUGUGGGUGGGGUUGAUAUCAGCUACUCAAAGGAAGACCCUUCUAUUGCAUGCGGCUGCCUCGUUGUGUUGGACCUCCAAACUCUGCAACUUGUUUACGAGGACUACUCUAUCCACAAUCUUCAAGUUCCUUAUGUCCCCGGUUUCCUUGCUUUUCGUGAGGCUCCAGUUCUUUUACAGCUUCUGGAAAAUAUGAAAAUGAAGGCUAAUCCUUUCUAUCCACAGCAGUUAUUAAUGGUUGAUGGAAAUGGGUUACUCCAUCCUCGAGGUUUUGGCCUGGCUUGUCAUCUAGGUGUUCUGGCUAAUCUCCCAACAAUUGGAAUUGGAAAGAAUCUGCACCACGUGGAUGGUCUCACUCAUACUACAGUAAGGCAACUACUGGAAGCAAAAGAAAACAGUGAUGCAGAUAUUAUUACUUUGAAAGGAAGAACUGGAUUCGUAUGGGGAGUGGCAAUGAGAUCAACUCCAGAUACAUUGAAACCGAUAUUUAUUUCAAUUGGUCACCGCAUAUCACUUGAUACUGCGGUGCUGAUUGUUAAAAUGACUUGCAAGUAUCGUGUGCCAGAGCCUAUCAGGCAGGCUGACAUAAGAUCAAGAGACUAUCUCCGAAAGCAUCAGAUGGGACAUUAAAAUGGUGCCACUGGUUAAGUGUGGUUUAAUCCUACUCAAUGUGUAAUGCUGCAGAAGCCUUCACACAGUACAGAAAAUGGGAUAAGACAUUAAGACGGAACUCAACUGAUUUUUGGGGUCAGCAUUUACUCUGCGCCAUCAGUAGUCU